GUUAAACGCAUUGUUGGUGGAAGUGCGGUAGAAAAUGAAGGUACAGCAGAUACGGAAUUGGGAGGCUGUUGAGCCAAUAUUUGAGAGUAUUUAGUGAUGUGUUUAUUUUCCCCGCAGAAAAACUUCUUUCAGCUGUUUCAAUGCAAAUUCUUAACAAGACUGGGCAUCCAAUGCAUUUUUGUGGUGGAACUUAUGUGGGAAAUGGGUGGAUUGUAACAGCAUCGCACUGUUUGACCAUCAAUAUGCAUGAAAAACACGACAUUUUCGUUGAAAUUGGAAGCAAAAAUCUCUACGAGGAUCCGCAAAAACUUAUAGAAAUCAACGAAAUUCACUUCCUUCCAUUCGAUACGAUUACAUAUUCGAAUGAUAUUGCUUUAAUACGUCUUCCGGAGGCUUAUACAGAUCUCCCGGGAAAUGUGGGCCUUCCACAUAAUCCAGUGCCAGUGACAGAGUACAGCGAUUGCUCAAUAUUCGGGUAUGGAUCUGUAGAGUUUCUUCGGGAGAUUUCUGCACAAUUCAGAGAAGCGCCUAUUGAAAUUCAAACGGCUGAGGCAUGUGCCGAAGCACUCGUUCCCUAUGCUCCAGACUACAAUCUGGGGAUGUUUUGUGCUGGUGGCGGGCACACAGAUGCCUGUCAAGGAGAUUCGGGAUCGGGGUUAAUUUGCAGUGGUCUCCUCGUGGGGGUUGUCUCAUAUGGAUCAUCAUGUGGAGUACCAGGGAAUCCCGGAGUCUACACCACAGUGCAGCAUCACAUGGAGUGGAUUGAGAAAAUCAUGAAAGAGUGACACAUGCGAUGUAAUAUACGUUACAUUUUGAUUGUAAUGAAAAUAAUAAAAAAAAAUGGUGGAAAAUCAC